AGUGCAGAAAACUAUUAUUGACAACACUUUCGUUGAGUCGAGCGAGUUUUCAUCUGAAUAUAAUAGUUUUCAAUGUAUUUUAUUAUUACACAAAAUAAAAAUAAAAUUUCUAACAUAAACUAGCGUUUAAUAAAUUUUUGCUGUGUCUCUAACGCAUUUGUAAAUAAGUAAUUUGUUUGGCUUUAUCGGAAGGAGCUGGAAUCGACAAUAAUAAAGACAUUCUCUAAAAGCAUCAAACAUACAGGCUAAAGCAAAAAAUACAAAUGUCCGAGAACAAAGACGAUAUAUUAGCGACUUUUCAGAGCAUUACUGGAAUAGAUGAUAUCGGCGAAGCUUUUUCUCAUCUAGAGGAGACCAACUGGGAUCUUAUGACUGCUAUUCAACGUGUCAUACCGCAGGAUGAUGCGCCGUCACAUGCAAGAAAUUCAGCUUCUCUGUUUACCGAAAACUCAUCUGGUUUCUCGACCACAACAGCCCUUAAUGAUUUAUCUACAAAUGCGGGGUCAUCCAACUGUCGCCAAUGGAACUCGAUUAGUGGACCUAAUGUGGGUUUAUCAGCCUCAACUUCCGCAGAUGCUGAAAUAAUUGAUCUCACGUCCGACAUAGACUUGGACCCGGCCAGGCACAACGAUGUUAAGACUUUAAUACUAAACAUACAUUACAAUGAAGGUGUUUACACCAUUCGUCUGCCAUCAAUUGCUACAAUUGAACAACUAAAAUUAAGAAUAGCGGAAGAGACAAAUGUACCGGUUUGUCGACAAGCAAUUCGUGGUUGGCCGCCAGCGAAACUGCAGGAAGCACGAAAAGUCACUACGCAGUUGGGCAAUUUAGAACUAGGACCCGAAAAUGAUUUGAUCUUGCACAACCUAACCGAAGAAGGAUACAUCGAUACAGAAAAUGAGGAGAUUGCACAGCGUUUACGUGACACAUUCAAAUUGACUAUUGUCGAGCAACCCAGUGGGAAAACCAUAACAUUACCAUUUUUAGGUAGUCACACUAUUUUGGAGGUAAAAACAAAGGUUUACUAUGUCAGCAAUAUAAAUGUGCGAAAUCAGGAAUGGGAAGGCUGGCCUUCUAACUGUGAUGACAAUUUAACUUUAGCCCAAUCUGGCAUUGGUUUGUCACAUAAUUUUACACUACGCAACAAGUGUGAGAAGAAUAUGGACAUCGCUGGAGUUUCUAAUAACUUAAAUAUUAGCAAUAAUACCAUCGAGACUGAUGACGAUAACAGUUUAGACGAUGAAGACGGUUAUGAUCCCUUACCAGAUGAGGAGCCUGCACCACCACGCAGCAGGCACUUAAUUCCAAAUAAUAUUAACAAUGAAUGCGCCGGUUCGAUAGAGUUCUUCGACAACUAUCGUGAACGUUUCGGUGAGCCGCAUCCUGUCUUUUAUGUGGGCAGUUUAGAAGAUGCUAUACGGGAAGCUUGUCACAAGCCAGCGCGUGAGCGUAAACUGCUUGCGAUUUAUUUGCAUCAUGGUGAGAGCAUACUCACAAACGUAUUCUGUGAUCAGGUAAUGAAGAAUGAGCGUAUCAUUGAGGCAUUUGCGCAGAAUUUCAUACUCUACGGAUGGGACUUAACAUUCGAAAGCAACAGAAAUAUGUUUCUAUCAUCGGUCACUGCCUGUGUGAGCAAUACAGCAUCCAUAACGAUUAGUACAAAACCAAUUGAUAAGCUACCCUCGAUACUAAUUAUAGGCAAAAGUCGGCUUUCCGGUAGAUCUUCAUGUGAGGUGCUCUCCGUUGUGGAUGGCAACUCCGAUUUAAAUAGCUUCUUGUCACGCCUUAUGGAUGCGGUGGAAAUGUACAAAUUACAGUUAAGAGACGAAAUUCGCGAAGAAGACGAGCGUGCCGAACGUGAUCAAGUCAAGGCUGAGCAGGAUUUGGCCUAUCGUGAAACGUUAGAGGCCGACAUGGCCAAAGAGGCAGCCAAGCGUCAGAAAGAAGCGGCAAUUGCCGCUGAACGCAAACGAAUAGAGUCGGAGCAGGCAGAAGAGGAGGCGAAACGUGAAUCGAUACGUUUGGUGGCUCAACAAUCACUACCGCAAGAACCCUCAGACACUGAUACGAAUGUGUCCACGAUACGCAUACAGAAGCCAAGUGGUGAAUUCUUAGAACGAAGAUUCUAUAAACACAACACGCUGCAGGACAUUUUAAACUUUGUCGCUGCCAAUAAUUAUUUAAUCGAAGAGAACAAAUUAAUCCUAAUAUCUAGUUGGCCACGUAGCGACUUAACAGCCAUCGAUCCAAAUAAAACGCUUGAGGAGCUUAAAUUGUAUCCACAAGCGAAAGCCGUGCUUGAAGAGCGAUGAUUUUUAUUUGUAGCAGCAAGAAACCAAUUUAUACAUCAUAUAAUGUAAUAAUAGAUUUGUAAUAAACAAAAAAUUGUGGGUCUAUAGAAAAAACGGACCGACAAGACAAAAAAGUUACCCUUUUUUUCAAAUUAAUUUCUUACAACAAUGUAGAACUCUACAUUACAUUACUCUACAGAGACCGUUUUACAGCUCAGUCGGAUAAUAUUUUUAAUGGGUUGCUCUUUAACAUAUUUCUUGGCACUGUCCACUGUUUUUUGAAAUCUGCAACAUUUUGUGAUGUGGUCUUAUAUCGAAUCAGAUCUAGGUAACGAACGCAUUAACUACCACUUUUUUGGUAUUUUUGGUAUACUUGAUUUUGGAUCAAUAAGGAAACUGAAUAUAUUUUGUCUGCCGUGUUUACAUACUUAAUAUCCAGUAGUGUUGUUUCUCGAAACCCCAGCAAAUAGAAUUUUUCCACUAAGGCAUUCGUUCUGAGGUAGCCGAAAUGAACCGAAUGGGUACAAAUUCAAAUAUCAUGCGGUAUUUCCGAAAACUAUUCGAACAUUUUUUUAUGUUACAACAACUUCAAAAAGACGUAUUGGUUAAAAAUAUACCGUUACUUUUCAAUUUUGGAGCAAAUUGUCAGAAAAGAUACCGUUAUUUUUAGAGUAUCAAGUAAAUAUAAGCUCAAAAGUUCAAAGUUCAUAAUCAGGAAGAUAUUAUCUGUAAGUUAAAAUCAAAAAAGCUUAAAUUUAAAAACAUAUACAUGUAUAUAUAUUUGUAUAAAAUAUUUUUUUUUUUUGUGGAAUAAAUUAUUUCAACAAUCUACAACAGAGUUCUUGAGCAAAAACAACUGAAAUAUUACAACUUCAAUAGAUAUGUAUAUGUAUGUACAUAAACAUAGAUAUGAUAAGAAGAACUUAUACUACUAAAAAAUGCUUUGAGGUACAAGUACACGGAGUUAUAAACAAAUUGCUGCCCCUGGAGCACAGCACAGGAUUUCGAACAUACAAACGAGUACAUACAUACAUACAUAGCACUUUAACAUAACGAUAUACGAGUAUAUUGUAAACUUGAGCAAAUUCCCUUGGUAU